AGGAAAGUCCACCGCACCAUUCCUCAUUUCCGUUGGUUUCACGCUAUCAUUCUCUCCCCUCCCUUUCUACACACACCACAUUUACCACUGCUUCUAUCUUCGCUUCUCCAGCGCAACCAUGUCGUGGCAAUCAUACAUAGACGACCACUUGAUGGCCGAUAUCGACGGCUGCCACCUCACCGCCUCCGCCAUCGUUGGCCACGACGGCAGCGUCUGGGCCCAGAGCAACAACUUCCCACAGUUCAAGCCUGAGGAGGUAACAGCUAUCAUGAAUGACUUUGAUAAUCCCGGUUCGUUGGCUCCCACUGGAUUGUACAUUGGGGGAACUAAAUACAUGGUGAUUCAAGGUGAGCCCAAUGCCGUCAUCCGAGGGAAGAAGGGAUCUGGUGGUGCCACCAUCAAAAAGACCACUCUGGCCUUGAUCAUCGGAAUCUAUGACGAGCCAAUGACUCCGGGACAGUGCAACAUGGUUGUUGAGAAGAUCGGUGACUAUCUCAUUGAACAGGGCCUUUAAUUGUUCGGUAAGUAGUUCACCUCUGCCAUUGUUUCCUUUUUUACUCGAGUGUAACUUUGGCAUUAACCUUGGACUUGUUUCGUACUUUUGAAAUGCUUUUUCAGCGCAGCAUUGUCGUGGUUUAUACGGUAUUCUGAAGUUGUGGGUAUUGUUGGUUGUGACAGAAAUGAGUUUGGUGUUUCAGAAAUGAUAGAUGGUAUCUCUGCCUAAAUUCAAACAGGGUUUGUCUUUGCAUUUUCUGGUUAUGAUAACUGCUAUGAUUCCAUGCGAGUAAAUUAUGUAUUUUUGGUUGGUUCUUCCAAUGGAUGUUCAAAUUUUUAUAGACAUCUUUGCAAAUACAGAGUUGGGUUUCAUAUACA